AUGAAUUCGAGUGUACCAGAUUUAACUACAAUUAUUUUAAAUUUAUUAAAUCAACAUACAAUACUAUCAAGUAGUCAUGAUGAAUGUAAGACAGAAGAGAAGACAACAACAACUACAGCUAAAACUGAUCAGGAUAAUAAUCGACAAUACUAUUUUAUUGUAUUUAAUAAUCCAAGAUGGUCAAAAAUUAUUCAAAAACGAAAUUUGCAAAUGCAACAACAACAACAACAAGAAAAGAAGAAUAAGACUGAUCCAUCUCCAUCAGUAUCAGUAAAGGCUCCUGUACAAGAUAUAUCAAUAGACGAUCAAUUUAUUAUAGAUUUACGUAAACUUAUGAAUGAUUAUGUACAACGUACCACACGUCCAUUUCCAAUGAAAUAUUUCAUUGAUCUUACUACAGAUCAAUAG